UGUUUUUAUUUUUUUGUAGCCCAUCAACUGACAGCAUCCCUCUGUAUUUUUCUUCUUGACAAUCAUCAGUGACUUGUUCUUUGUUGUCCAAGGCAGCCAAAUCCUCUUCGCAAAGGUGACAAUCUACGGCGAGGGUUUUGACCACUGUUAAAAUUUGGAGUCUUUCAUGAUGUUCAUGCUGUUUCUGUCCCAGUGCCAGCUCAUGUUCGGAGAAAAUGCUUCCUAAUUGAGCCACUGGUGUCUGCGUCACUCAGUCUCACACCAUACUCGUCUGUCUCUCCUUAUCCUCCCAUUCCCAGCCGCUGCUGCUCCAGCCAGAGAAAUCUCAAGCAAUUCUGAAGCUUCUGAGGCAGAUCCAUCCAUUAUUGAGAUACUGAAUCAGUCGGCGGAUCACAGAAUCUUAUCUAUCUACGUUUUCUUUUGGAGAAGAUGGAGAAGAUUGUUUCAGAUGAUUCAAAUAUUGCUGAUGAGCUGAAUCUUCCAAAGCCUGAGGAUGUAGCAGGUGCUGAAGCAAGAGAUGAAGAGAAAGAAGAGGAUAUUGUGAUCGAAGAGGCAAAGGAAGAAAUCUCAAUUCCAGUGGAAGACAGGGGCUCACAUGAUACAACUGAUGUACCUGAUACUCCUCAACUAGCUGAGGAUUCAGAGGCAUCUAUCGCAGAAGAUCCAGUUGGAACAUCAGAAGAACUUGGUCUUUCAGAAAUUGUUACUGAAGAGGAAAAAACCGUGCAAGAAUCGAUAAAAGAUGCUUCUGUGGAAACUGAUGACAAAACCCCUGAACCACCAUCUGUGAGCAUUGCACAAGAGCUUGCCGAUGCCACUGUUGAUAUUAAUGGAGUGGAACCUCCAGUUGAUUCACUAAAAGAACCAUCAGUUUCAGAAACUGUUGCUGAAGAGGUAAAAGGUAUUGAUGAAUCUUCAAAAGUUUCUGGUGCAGAUAAUUCCAACAUAGUAGAACAUGACAAUCCUGUAGAACCGGCAUCUGAAAGCAUUGCUCACGAGCCUUCUCAACCGACCUUUGUAGAAGAAAAACCAGCAGAUGAGGAGGUUUCGACUAAUGCAGUUGAAGUCAGUCCUCAGAUACCAAAGGAAGAGCUUCCUCUCGAUGGAACUUCAGAUGUUGUUCCUUCUGAGCCUAAAGAAGUUCAAGUAGAAACAUUAGUUGCUGAAAAGAAUGUAGAUCACAAUGUUUCAGAAACUAUCGAAGUUGCUGAACAUGUCACCAAGCCAGAGCUUGAUGCUAAACAGGAGAAUCUCGAAGAGAAUUUAGACAACGAAAUGACUACUUCAACUGAAACAACGCAAUCCAUUGCUGAAGGUGUCGUUAGUAAAGAUGCUAGGGAUGAGAAUUUGGAAGGACAGAAUUCAAACUUGGUCGAACUAUCUCGAGAUAUUAAAAUGGUUGAAGCUGAAAGUAAUGUACCUUCUGACGAUAAGCAAUGUGAAUCCAAGGAGUUGGAGACACAAUUAAAGGAUACAUUUGAAAAUGAGAACACAGAAGAUAAGGAGCAAGAUACUCGAAGUUUAACUGAAACCAAAGCAGAUGAAGAGGUUAUUAAAGCUGAACUAUCAGGUAAGAAACCUAAAACCAUAAUCUCAAAAGUGAAGCAAUCGAUUGUCAAGGUGAAGAAGGCAUUAAUUGGUAAAUCACCAAGUUCAAAAACUAUGGCACCUGAAAGAAUUGAUGAAACAAAAGCUAAGUAGGUGAAGAUUUUUUAUGAACAAGUUAUUAGCAACAUGGUCGGUUCUAUUGGUUGUUUCCCUUUUGCAUAUAUGUUGUUUAAGCAUAUCGUAUAAUCUGCCAGCCCCUAGUUUACAUGUUUACUGGAAGCUAAUAUUUUGGAAAGUUCUUAUGAACCUACGCAAAACAAAGGGGAGGUUGUGAACUGUAUAAGGUUGCCCAUUAUCAGCUCAUCUAUGUAAAGUAUGUAUAUGUAUCAUUUGCUUUGUGGUUUCAUGUGGCACUAUGUUGUUGAAUCAUGAUAUUCUUUUAGUUGAUAAUUGUAUUAUAAUGUGAUGUUUAUCUGUGCUUGGUA